AGUGCGUCUUUCCCGAAGUCGUUUUCUAAUAUUCGUUUGAGAAAGGAAAAUGGCAUAGGGAGUCCUUGGAAUCGCUUCUACUUCACUCACCUUCUCCUCUCUCUCUCUCUCAAGAGUUAGCUGAGCAGUCUCUCACCAGAAAAGCUCUAACCUCACAUCACAAUCUCCGAACUAACAUUUUGAUACGUAACCAAUCUCGAAAUGGAGACGGAAGCUUCCGUGACGGAGAAUCCAGCGAUGACCUUCGACGAGGUUUCCAUGGAACGCAGCAAGAGCUUCGUCAAGGCCUUGCAGGAGCUCAAGAACUUGAGGCCUCAGCUUUACUCUGCUGCUGAUUACUGUGAGAAGUCUUAUCUCCAUAGCGAACAAAAGCAAAUGGUGUUGGACAAUUUAAAGGACUACACUGUUAAGGCUCUUGUUAACGCUGUUGAUCAUUUGGGAACUGUGGCGUCCAAGCUUACUGAUCUCUUUGAUCAGCAGAGUUCUGAUGUAUCGACUAUGGAGAUGAGAGCUUCUUGUGUUAGUCAGCAACUGCUUACUUGUCGGACUUAUAUAGACAAAGAAGGUCUUAGACAGCAGCAGCUAUUAGCAGUUAUCCCAUUGCAUCACAAGCAUUACAUUCUACCAAAUUCUGUUAACAAGCGGGUACACUUUAGUCCGCUGAGACGAUCUGAAUCGAGACAGAAUCAUUCUCAAGCUAUCAGCCGCCUUCAACCUUCAGAUGCGCCUGCAUCGAAAUCACUCUCCUGGCAUUUAGGCUCAGAUACAAAGUCGACACUGAAAGGAACAACCACUGUUGCACCAAGCUCCAAAGAUUCAAAGGCCUUUGCAAAGACAUCUGGAGUGUUCCAUCUUUUAGGUGAUGAAGAGAACAUUAAGCCUUUGGUCGGAGGUUCUCAGGUCUCAGGUGUUCCUGGAACAUCCUCCAUCACAAGGCAGACAUACGGUGUUGCCCAGAAGGAUAUGGAAGCUCCAAAACUCAUGACGGGACACAAGUCACUUGACAACCCACGACGAGAGAUCAUUCAAGCACCGGUGAGGACCAAGAGCGUUCUAUCUGCCUUCUUCGUGAAACAGAAAACUUCAAAGCUCAAAGCUGGUUACGUCUAGUGAAAACAACCCUCGAAUGAAAUUUCAAUAUCAUCCAACCUUUCUUUGAUUUUUACAGCACGUUCUCUUUUCAUGUAUAAAUUUUCUUAGUUCCAACAUCAAUGUACUAAGUCAAAUAAACAUGGUCCCGUGAUUAACAAAACUGUGUAGCUCAACAAUAAUAGUAAUAUGUUUUAAACAAGGCU